AUGACGGCAGCAGAUUAUACGCCGUAUAUACAGGGUUCCGAAGUUGGAGGGCAGCAGGGGAGCAACAAUGGGAAUGGUGGUGGUAGGGAUUAUCAUUUGUAUUCGAAUAAUUCGCUGAAUAUAACGACACAGCAGCCUGCUGAGAAGGGUGCCGUUACUCCUCAGCAGGUGGAUACGCCGAAUACGUUGAAGAGCAGUAAAACAACGCAGUUGGGGACGCCGACGGCUAUGACUGAUCUUCUGGCGAUGUUGGAUGAUAACACAGCAUUUUCUGAUAUGGUGCAGCAGCAGGAGGAGCGGCAAUGGGAUGUUGAUCAGCACCGGCAUAAGUUUGCGACGCAGCUUUCGAGUGCGACGACGAGUGGGAAUAGCACCACUACUACUGAUUUAUCGCCGCAGGUUUUGUUACAACAGGAUAUGCCGAUGAGCAUGGCAUCUACGAGUGGGUCUGCAGGGCUGUUGGAGGCGACGCCCGAGGAGCAGACGUCGUUGCUGCAGUUGCAGCAGUCGGAGCAGCAGUUUAUCAAUCCUAAUUUGCUGAAUAAUGGGGUGCAUCCCACGUCGAUGUUUGCGGAUCAUGGAUUUUUGGAGGAUCAUGGAUGCAGCGGUGCGAGUCAUCUGAUGUUGGAGGAGGCUGCCAUGUCUCCAGGUAGCGCGCAGAGGAGGAUGAGUGAGGUGGUUACCGGGUCAAUUCCGCAGCACCAGCAUUCGCGGGGGUCGAUCUCGCAUCAGAUAGACUUUUGGAACCUGUCUAAUGAUAGGCAGUCGAUUAGUAGUAGCCACAGCGCAGGCGCUGGUAUCUCCCUAAGCGGUGGAGGAAGUAGCGGCGGCGGUGGGAGCGGACGUGGACGUAGUUCAAUUGACCUUAUGUCAUUUAAAAAGUCGCCUACACCCAUUAUGGGUACGGUUGCUGUGCCGUCGGCGGGGAACCCUCAUAACCAUCAAGUCCAUGGUCAUGCCCACGGCCCUCAUGCACAUGCUCACCAUGCUGCUCAUAAUGCUCACCACCUUCAUCGUGGCACGAAGGGGGCGGGGCCUGCUACUGCGGUAGCUGCGCAGGCACAGGCACAAAUGCAAGCGCAUACACAAGCACAUGCACCAGGAGCUCUUGCCACCGUGGGAGCAGCGGCAUCAGCAUCAGCAUCAUCAGCAUCAGCAUCAGCGACAGCACCUGUUGUUUCUUCAUCUUCUGCAAACUAUUCACUUCAUCAUGCUCAUCAUCAGCAGAAGAACGGUUCGAUACCGGGAGUAAAUGGUACACCAGCACCUUCAGUUUUUAAGAUCGAUAAUGAGUUGACACAGUUGUUGAACGACUACAAUAUCAACUUUAAUCCCCCUACCAAACACAACACAUUGUCCACUGCAAGGCUGGGGACAGGUUCCUUUAAUCCGCAUGCAACUACUGGUCUUGCAGGGCUAUCAUCCUCAAAUCCUUCAGGUAAUGCUGUCGGCCUCACACCUCGAACUUCUACGACCACGACGGCCUCUGGGACCACCGUGGUUAGCGGUAACCGUAGCACUUCAAGCAGCAGUAACAACCUCAAUGGUAAUAUCAGCAGUAAUGCUGAUAGCAAUUGUAAUAUCAACAACAGUACGGCAUCCUCAGCACUAGCAGCCACUGCAGGAACAUUACUGUCUUCUGCUGCAGCCGCUUCUACAGGUAGACGAAGCAAUUCAACUUCAGAACCUCAAAACAGAGUCCAGAAACAGAGGACUUCAUCAUCGUUGAUCGAUGGCAGUAAUCCUGUGAUUAUGGACAAGCUGUACGGUGAAGUUAACAAGGUAUCUAAGUUUUCUCAAUGCGAAAAUGCAAUUAUGUCGGAUGACGAUGAUCACGAAGACAGACUGGCUGCUGCAAAGCAGCUCGACCCCAAAAUUUCCGCUGCAGGUAACAAAUUUAUAUCACCAUCCAUUCUGAACCAGGAGCUGCUCGACAAUACCUCGUUCGACAUCCGCAAUACAAAUUCAGCAGCAGCCACCGCGGUAAAUAAUAUUUCCGUACCCGCAAGGAGGAAACGCGCCAGCGUCUCGAAGGGACCACGAAGUAGCACAAGCAAAUCUUCAUCCCCAUUAGACGAAGAGGAGAAACCUUUUAAAUGCCAGGAGUGUACUAAGGCUUUCCGCCGUAGCGAACACUUGAAAAGGCAUAUUAGAUCGGUACACUCCACGGAUAGACCGUUCCCAUGUACCUAUUGUGACAAGAAAUUUAGCAGAAGUGACAAUCUCUCGCAGCAUUUGAAAACUCAUAGAAAACACGGAGACAUAAAGGAUGUGCUACCUAUGCCAACCAUGAAGAAAGGAUGA